UUCAAACUUUCCUUUUUAGGCAUUCCAUAAUAAAACGCCUUCUCCACAAUUAUUUUUAUUCUGCUCCUCAACUCCUGCAAAUCCAAAAUACUUUACCAUGAAUUUGUCCAACUCCAAUUUAUCUAAAGGACGACUUGACCGCUUCCUUUCACGCAGGCGUGGGGAGAGACCCGUCCAUGCAAUUGAACCAUUAGUUUUUCUCUCACGGGAUGACUUUUAUCGUCGUCAGGAACAAAUUGACGCACGUUACAAGAUUGACCACCGAGCCAUACCGAAUACACCUUUGAGAUUUACAGAGCAAAAACGAAAGCGGGAAGAAUUAGAUAAAGAAAAUAAGUUUGGCUUAUCAGAAGAACACGCUAAAAAACUCACCCGUAUUCAUAGAGGACAAAGGACAACGCUUCAUGCUACGGAAGAAUUCGUGAUCAGGCCUUAUAUCGAAAGUCACGAAAAGCCAUCACCCAAGCAGCAACAGCAACAAGAAAAACCUAAGCGACAACCAAUGGGUGAUAAGACAAUGAAGAACACUCGUCAAAGCUCAGUAUCCACUCAAUCAGUCAAUUCAGCAGCGCCGAGAUCUGUGGUUUCUAUGCGAUCGUCAGGGGCACAAUCUAAACAUUCGGCACACCCAACACUAUCUAUGCGUUUAAAUGACGAAAACGCUAUUGCGCACGACGAAAUCUUAGACAACAACAAAAAGGAAACUUUGGCAAAGUCGGCACAUUCUGCAACAAAAUCUACAACAGCUUUGUCUGAGCGCUCAAUCCACAGUAUUACGAAGAGUUCAAUUGCAGAUGACAAAAACAGCGUUGUCGAUGAAGACACGAGUGACUUGAUGACUUUAGCAAAGAAAACCGUCAUGGAGCGCUUUCUUGGUGAACAAUUUACAAAAAGUGAAAUCAAAACCGGAGAAGCUGAACUGGGACAAGAGGAUGAUAUCCGUCAUCAUGACAUCUCACAAAAACGGCAGCAACAACAAGUAGCGGAAAUACGGACAGGAUCAGCAAAAGAUAGGGAUGACAUCGACAACAAAAGAUCUCCAAAAUUUUCGCUUACUGAACCUUUGGAACAUGACACCAGCGGUGGUGCAGCAACUGCCGAGCCUCUGGACGACGAAGGAAUUGAAGCAUACGCAGACAAGAUGUCAGAACGUGACGCAAACGAAAUGGUAACUCAGACCGAUAAUGGCAACAACAAGCACGAUGAUGAUAUUUCGCAAAAGCCAUCGGCUCCUGCUGUCGCAAACCUGUCGGAUCGCGUGGACGAGCAACCUCAUCAAACGCCGAUGCAUAAAACCCUUAUGGAUCCCAAACUCUCAACCUCUUCAGGCACAGACAUGUCGAAACACUAUGAUGAUAGCCCGCUCCAAAAGUCGCCGAUAGCAGAUCCAGCACACAACGACGACGACCGCGAUGAAAAUAACGACAGGAUUCAAGACCCCAUAGAUACGAAUAAUAACAACGAUAAUGAUGACGAUAUGGAUUUCGAUAUUGUCUACGACUACGGGGAUGAUAACUCAACAAAUGUAAGUGCACCCAUCGAUCGUCGGGCCAGUAGUCCACAAGAACGGCGAGACCUAGAGGAGCAACAACAUCAACAAGAGCAAGACAACCAUGAACAACAGGGCAGUAUGCUGCCAAUGACUCGCAAACCCAGGCGUGGCAAAGUCAGUUGGGACGGGAUUGCUGUAUCGAAUCUGGUAUCGACCCGUAGUCAUUUGGAUGAGGCUGCCAUGGAAGCAUUGCGGCAAGAGGUUUAUGAUGCCCUCAGAAUCACCGCAAAAGCUUAUCGAAACCGAGGAUUUGUCCAAGCGUUGCGUGAUAUGGAGGUACUAGCCUUCCAAUGCGGUGAGGAAUUCAGAGGCCGUAACGAGUAUCAUCAAAGAGCUAGUGAUAUUACGGUGGGAAGAAUCAAAGACGCGUUUAGUCAUCAGGCUACGCUAUGCCGAAAGGUGGACGAGCUGAGAUACAAGACCCAACGUGUCAAGGCUUUGCAGGACCAAGCACUCAAGCGAAUGCUUGCCGCACAAACAGAGCGCCAUAAGUUACAUGGUCAAUCAAGUCGUCUACACAAAGCGUAUGAGAAGCUACACGGUACCAAUGAGGUAAUAAAAUGAAAAUUAAAUGCACACACACGAAGGAGGGAGAGAGAGGUACUGCCAAAGAACGUGUUAAUUUGGUAAUAAUAUAUAUACAUUUGCAUACAACAGGCUGAUACCGGACUGAGCGACUUUUUGAGUGAGCUUCAGAGUUUCGCAGUAUCCACAACAGCAACAGCAACAACCACAUCGACAUCGACAUCAGACAAUCAAUCAUAAAACUUCCAGUCAUAACAUGGUAAUAAAUGUAUAUAUUUAAUUCUCACUUUCGAUACCUAUGAAUACAAACCCCAUGCAGCAGUAAACCAUAUUGCAUUUAUAUGCCCGGGGCGGUAGCAAAGUGCGCACGAGUGUAGUGAUUCAAAAGAUACAACGGAGUUUUGCCUAUUUUUUGAACUAGCAUCCCCAUUGUAUACAAAUGGGCGGCUUACAACUAGCUUAGUG